UAUCGCCUUCUUAUCCCCAACGAGCUUCGAUCUGAUUGCUACAGAUUUCCGGUGAAGCAGAACAGUGGAGAUGAAGUCAUCGAGAAUGAAGUUUGCAAAGAAGUUGAAAUCGAUUAGAGCCGGCGAAUAUCUCAAUCAGGAUAGGAUUCUCCAGGUGCUUUCAGCUGCAGAUGGGAUCUCUGAGUACCUUCCCAAGAUAUCUAAUCCUAUUCCCCAGAUAACAGCAGGUUCUAUCUGGAGAUCCACUCAAAGGCCUGAGGAUCAAAUUGCAGAUGUAGCGGAACUUGUGGAAAACGAGAAAGAAGGAGACGAAGCUUCUGGCGACAAGGAGAAUGCCCCGCCGCCGGUAAAUCAAAUUCCGAGAGCUUCUUGUGACCGGAAAGAUAGUAAAUCGGCAGUGUCUUGUGGAUCUGAUAUAGGUAUCGGAAGAAAUAUCAUCGGAUCUGGAUUUAGAAGGCCUGAAUUGAAUUCGAGCACGCUUUUCGAUCCGAAGCUGAUCGAAGCGUUCGAAUUAGCUGUGGCGUGCUUCAGGAGGAUAAACGAUUUCUCCAGAGAAGCUAGAGUCGAUGAUGAAGAAGACGUUAUCGUCUUUCCCGUCGAGGAAACGAACAUGGAAAAAGACGACGAUACCUCUCUUCCGUUAUUAGAAGCCGAAGAAGAUAGACGGAAAGACGAAAAUGACGAUAUACCCCUUCAGAUAGCAGAAGACGACAGUGGAAAAGACGAAAAUACCCAUCUCGACCCGUUAUUGGAAUUUGAGCAACGGUGUCCUCCGGGAGGAGAGGAGUCGGUUGUUUUCUACACAACGACUCUCCGAGGAAUAAGAAAAACAUUCGACGACUGCAACAUGAUCCGGUUUCUGCUGGAUAGCUUCAAGGUUAAGUACUACGAGAGGGAUGUGUCAAUGCACAGACAGUACAGGGAGGAGCUUCGGAGAAUUUCAGCGGAGGAGGAGGAGACAGAGGUUUUGCCUCCGGUUCUGUUCGUAAAGGGAAGGUGCAUAGGCGGAGCCCAGAGGGUAUUGGGUCUGCACGAGCAAGGAAGGCUUAGGGCUUUGUUUGACGGCGUUCCAAUCGCCGAAGAUAAAAUUUGCCGGCGAUGCGAUGGUUUUAGGUUCUUGAUGUGUGAAGGAUGCAGAGGUAGUCGCCGGAUUGUCUCUGGCGAUGGAUCAAGGAUUCAGUGUUUGUUAUGUAACGAGAAUGGGUUAAUUGUGUGCAUUGACUGCUCGUAAGACCGUUUUUUCUGUGUAUAU